AUGAUGGAAGUCAAAACAGUGGAUAUACUCAUUAUCGGUGCUGGACCAGCUGGGCUGGCCUUAGCCAACUGGUUCCGAAACUCCAGCAUCAAUGUCCUGCUGGUUGACAAGAAACCCGGGCCUACACGGCGAGGGAAAGCUGAAGGGCUGAAGUCAACGACAAACGAGAUCUUUGACUCGUACGGUAUCGGGCCUCAAAUUGCAACAGAAUCAUGGAGACUAGAAGAAAUAGCCAUCUGGGGCCAAAAGAAGGAUGGCAAAAGCGGGAUCGAGAGGGAGCAGCUGAUACAGGAUAAGGUGGAGGAGUUGGGCAAGGUGCGGGAGACCAUGUUGCAGCAAUCGAGAGUCGAAUACCACAUGCAGCAAAACCUGCUAAGCCACAGGAACAUUACGAUCCAGUACAACACCCAGCCUGUCGACGUCAAUGUCGAUGAGUCCUUGCUGCAUGAGGAUGAAGUUUAUCCCGUUGAAGUGCUCUUGGUCAAGACCCAGGUGCACCCAGAAGCGUCCUCGAAUAUUCUCGAGAACUCAACACCAUAUACCGCAGAUGGUGCUGCCAAAGAGGUGGAAGAACGAAUCCGAGCCAGAUACAUUGUAGGCUGUGACGGAGCUCACAGUUGGCUUCGAAAGCAACUUCAAGUCCAACUCGAAGGCGACCUAACAGACUCUGUUUUCGGCGUCGUCGACCUAAUCCCCAAAUCCAACUUCCCCGACCUUCGCCGUGUCUGCUACCUCCGCGCCUCCACGGGUACCAUCCUCCUCGUCCCGCGGAGCAACAAGGAAGUCCGGCUGUACAUCCCCGUCGAGAGCGGCAGUUCACUUUCAGACCCCAAAGAGCUCACUUUCGACCGCAUCAUCGAUGCCGCACGCAAAAUCAUGUCCCCUUACACUCUGGAAGUCGGCGCAGUCUCGUGGUGGUCGGCCUACCGCGUUGGCCAGCGCGUCGGCAGUCAUUUUUCAAGACACAAUGAAAGGGCGUUCCUGGUAGGAGACGCGGUGCAUACGCACUCGCCCAAGGCCGGACAGGGGAUGAACACGAGUAUCCAGGAUGCGUAUAAUUUGGGGUGGAAGCUGAGGUUGGUUCUGCAGCCUCACCACAAACUCGACUCGGACGCGUCGAGGAGGCUGUUAGCGACGUACGAAUCCGAGCGCAGACCCGUAGCCCAAGACCUCAUCUCCUUUGACCGUGGUUACCUCAAGCUCUUCGCUGCUCCCUCAUCCCAAUUCGACACCGAGUUCUUGCAGGCAAUCAAAUUCACCACCGGCCUGUCCAUCCGCUACCCGCCCUCAUGCGCGGUGCAGCUCCCAAAGGUUGUGCAAACAGCUGAAAAGCUGGGUCCAAGUCUUCUCAAAGCUGAUCUAGUGCCCGGAAAGCGCUUGCCGGAUUUUCAAGCGGUUUACCAAGCGGAUGGGAUCACGACUUGGAUUCAUAAACGGCUACAGGCCACGGGUUGCUUUCGGGUGAUUGUCUUUGCUGGAGACCUUGCUGCUCACCAACACUUGUCGACGAAUGUGCAGAAGCUGGGGGAGUACCUCGCAGACCCAGAGAAUGGAUUAGGACAAUUGACAGCAGGCGGAGAGGCGGCGCCGGUGGAGGUGCUCAUGGUGCAUAGUGCUAAUCGUGAAAAGGUUGAACUGCUCGAAUUGCCAGAAGUCUUUAGACCUUGGAGCGAUAAUGACGGAUAUGAUUACUGGCGGGUGUUGGCGGACGCUGAGAGUGUGCAUGAAGGACAUGGGAGGGUGUAUGAGCGGCUGGAGACUGAUCCGGAGAAGGGGAGGACGUUGGUGGUGAGGCCGGAUGGGUAUAUUGGUGCGGUGCUUGAUGUGGAUGACUUUGAAGGGGUUGGGAAGUACUUCAACGAGCUGGGUAUGCUGUCAAAAUAA